AUGUCUCGAGCCACGCCAGACGACCAGUUGAGGUUCCUCUUGAGCUGCGUCAAACAUGCCACGCACGGAAGGGUCGAUUUCAUGGAGGUUGCCAAAGAGUGUGGAGUGAUCAGCAAAGGAGCGGCAGCCAAACGAUACGAGAGGCUCGCGAAGGCCAACGGAGUCAGCUCUACCAGUGCUUCAGCAACCAACCCGGUCUCGAAACCAACACAGCCAAAGCAAAAGGCGAGGCAUCCGGAAGAGAAGCCUUCGGCGUCAAAGAAGCAGAAACUGGAGAGACACAGCCCUGCCCCUUCUCGGAGGUCGAAGAGAGUCGACGAAAGCUCCAGGCCAGCAACGAUGACCAUCACCGAUCCACGAGGUGAUGACUCUGUACCCACACCGGCAAAGGCAGAAGCAUUCAAUCGAUCUCUCCGACCAAACCUUUCCGGUCCAACUGGUGUGCCACAGAUGAUUCUUCCGACCUCCCUAUUUGUUCCCAGCAGUCCUGUAUUCCAAGGUGGUCCAUAUUUGGCACGACAACGACCUUCCUUUGCUGGAUUCCCGACGGUCCCAUGUGGCACUGGUCACCAGUUGGUACCGGAUGUACCUAGCUAUCCUCCUUUUCCGCCUGCGUUCAGGGAGGCAUGGCCAUUCACAAGCGAGGGAAGUGGCGGUUCCAUCAAUGGCUUCGAGAUAUACAGCAACCAAGACUAUCUCAACCCACCAAGUCAGAUCACUCAGCCUCCUUUUCCAGUCGAAGCAGUGCCGGUAAGACUUCCACCCCAGCCACAGGAAGUUGUGCCGGUUCCAAAGCCGGCGGGACGACACCGAGAAGAAGACGUUGUGUCGAAGUCGAAAGGCAGUGUUGUCCUGGUGGACUGA